GGUGGCUCUUCCUUUGUUGGCAGCUUGCACACAACCAACACCAUGGCUGACUACAGUGACGCCAACAAGUAUGGCCUCGUCUUCAGCGUCUCCGGUCCUGUCGUUAUUGCCGAGCGCAUGAGCGGUGCGGCCAUGUACGAGCUUGUCCGUGUCGGUCGCUCGCUCCUCGUCGGUGAAAUUAUCCGUCUGGAAGGCGACCAGGCCACCAUUCAGGUGUACGAGGAAACCUCCGGUGUUACCGUUGGUGACCCCGUCAUGCGCACCGGCAAGCCCCUUUCCGUCGAGCUUGGCCCUGGCAUCCUCAACUCCAUCUUCGAUGGUAUCCAGCGCCCCCUGGAUGAGAUUGCCACCCAGACCGAGAGCAUUUACAUUCCUCGUGGUGUGACCGUCAACUCGCUCGAUCGCACAAAGAAGUGGAAGUUCACCCCCAGCAAGGACGUGAAGGUUGGCGAUGCCAUCUCGGGUGGUCACAUCUACGGCCACGUCUACGAAAACUCCCUCAUCACGGAUCAUCGUAUCCUGACGCACCCCCGCAGCCGCGGUACUGUCACCUGGAUCGCGCCCGAGGGUGAGUACACCAUUGAAGAUACGGUCCUCAAGACCGAGUUCAUGGGCAAGGAAAUGGAGCACCGCAUGUUGCAAGUGUGGCCCGUCCGUCAGAUGCGCCCCGUGACCGAGAAGCUGGCUGCCAACCAUCCCCUCCUCACUGGCCAGCGUGUCCUGGACGCCCUCUUCCCUUGCGUCCAGGGUGGUACUACUGCCAUUCCCGGUGCCUUUGGUUGCGGCAAGACUGUCAUCUCCCAGUCUCUGUCCAAGUUCUCCAACUCGGACAUUAUCAUUUACGUCGGUUGCGGCGAGCGUGGUAACGAGAUGUCUGAGGUGUUGGCUGAGUUCCCCGAGCUUGAGAUUGAGAUUGGAGACCGCAAGGAAACCAUUAUGAAGCGCACGGCCCUUGUUGCCAACACUUCCAACAUGCCCGUGGCUGCCCGUGAGGCCUCCAUUUACACUGGUAUUACCCUGUCCGAGUAUUUCCGUGACCAGGGCUACAACGUGGCCAUGAUGGCCGACUCUACCUCGCGUUGGGCCGAGGCUCUUCGUGAGAUUUCCGGUCGUCUGGCCGAGAUGCCUGCCGAUAGCGGUUACCCCGCCUACCUCGGUGCCCGUCUGGCCUCUUUCUACGAGCGCGCUGGCCGCGUCCAGUGCCUUGGCGUUCCCGAGCGUAUCGGCUCCGUCUCCAUUGUCGGUGCCGUGUCCCCUCCGGGUGGUGAUUUCUCGGAUCCCGUGACCUCGGCCACUCUUGGUAUCGUGCAGGUCUUCUGGGGUCUCGACAAGAAGCUGGCUCAGCGCAAGCACUUUCCCUCAGUCAACUGGCUCAUCUCCUACAGCAAAUACAUGCGUGCCCUUGACGACUUUUAUGACAAGAACUUCCCCGACUUCCCCGCCCUGCGUACCACGGCCAAGGAAAUUCUGCAGAUGGAGGAGGAUCUCUCCGAAAUUGUCCAGCUCGUCGGCAAGGGCUCGCUCGCCGAGACAGACAAAAUCACCCUUGAGGUGGCCAAGUUGAUCAAGGACGAUUUCCUUCAGCAGAACGGUUUCUCGCCCUAUGAUCGCUACUGCCCCUUCUGGAAGACUGUGGCCAUUCUGCGCAACAUGGUUGCCUUCUACAACCAGGCCCGCAACGCUGUCGAGACGACCAGCAACAGCGACAAGAAGAUCACCCUCUCUGUCAUCAAGGAGCAGAUGGGUGACAUCAUGUACGAGAUUAGCUCCAUGAAGUUCCAAAACUCGUGGGAGAAGUCACAGGAGGACAUCAUGAAGGUCUACGACGACCUCAGCGCUCGCAUGGCCGAGAAGUUCCGCUCCCUUCUGGAUUAGGUGUGCCUCGGUGCCAUCGCCCCGAGCGGCGCAUGUGACGCAUGUAGUCGUCCGCUGGGUGAGCCGGAGCUCUCGCUGUAUUAGUGUGAUACGGUGUUCAUGUGCACGUUUUCCUCGUUUUGUUCCUUUACUCCAAAGUUUCUCUGUCGUCGACUCCUUCCUUUUUUUUUUGUGAGUCCGACUCCCUUUUGCCCUUUUUUUUUUCCUCGUCGCACCCUAUUUUCUUCUGUUCGUCCUCGCUUCGUGGAGACAAGGUGGUAUAGAAGGAGGAUGCGAGAAACAAAUUCAGUAACCCUGACAUG